AUGAGCUACAGACUCCACUUGACCUUGGUGUGUCUGCAUCUCUUGGCUGGAAGGAUGUGCAUCCAAGGGAAUCAGUUUAACAUCGAGGUCAGCAGAAGCGACAAGCUGUCCCUGCCCGGCUUUGAGAACCUCACAGCAGGGUACAACAAAUUUCUCAGGCCCAAUUUUGGCGGAGAACCUGUCCAGAUAGCGCUCACCCUGGACAUUGCGAGCAUUUCUAGCAUAUCCGAGAGUAACAUGGACUACACAGCCACCAUAUACCUCCGACAGCGCUGGGCAGACCAGCGGCUGGUAUUUGAAGGCAACAAGAGCUUCACGCUGGACGCCCGCCUUGUGGAGUUUCUCUGGGUGCCAGACACUUACAUCGUGGAGUCCAAGAAGUCCUUCCUCCACGAAGUCACCGUGGGAAACAGGCUCAUCCGCCUCUUCUCCAAUGGCACGGUCCUGUACGCACUCAGAAUCACCACGACGGUUGCGUGCAACAUGGAUCUUUCUAAAUACCCCAUGGACACACAGACGUGCAAGUUGCAGCUCGAGAGCUGGGGCUACGAUGGAAACGACGUGGAGUUCACCUGGCUGAGAGGGAACGACUCUGUGCGCGGGCUGGAAAACCUGCGGCUUGCUCAAUACACCAUCCAGCGGUAUUUCACCUUAGUCACCAGGUCACAGCAGGAGACAGGAAAUUACACGCGCCUGGUCUUGCAGUUUGAGCUUCGGAGGAAUGUCCUGUAUUUCAUUUUGGAAACCUACGUCCCCUCCACUUUCUUGGUGGUGUUGUCCUGGGUGUCAUUUUGGAUCUCCCUCGAUUCAGUUCCUGCGAGAACCUGCAUUGGCGUGACCACUGUGUUAUCCAUGACCACACUGAUGAUUGGGUCCCGCACUUCUCUUCCCAACACCAACUGCUUCAUAAAGGCCAUCGACGUGUACCUGGGGAUCUGCUUUAGCUUCGUGUUUGGGGCCUUGCUGGAAUACGCAGUUGCUCACUACAGCUCCUUACAGCAGAUGGCAGCCAAAGAUAGGGGAACAACGAAGGAAGUGGAAGAAGUCAACAUUACCAACAUCAUCAACAGCUCCAUCUCCAGUUUUAAACGAAAGAUCAGCUUUGCCAGCAUUGAAAUUUCUGGUGAUAAUGUCAACUACAGUGACUUGACAAUGAAAACCAGUGACAAGUUUAAGUUUGUCUUCCGAGAAAAAAUGGGCCGGAUUGUUGAUUAUUUCACAAUUCAAAACCCCAGUAAUGUUGAUCGCUAUUCUAAAUUACUGUUUCCUUUGGUUUUUAUGUUAGCCAAUGUAUUUUACUGGGCAUAUUACAUGUAUUUUUGA